GCUCGUUUUCUGUUCAUCAAUGGCGUUGAACUUUGUUUUGCUUCUGCUCAGCAUAGAAUCGUGAACAAAGACGACUACUACAUUUCCAACUUCAGAAGAUGAGGAGAGGUUACUUUUCCAAGAACCCAAUUGCUUUUGUAUUCAUGGUGGUCUCUGUGUGCUGCCUUCUGAUCGUGGUGAUUUCAAUCCUCAAAGUCCCAGACGUAUCACCGGGGAGAAAACCUCUUCAACACAGUGCCACGGGCAUCCUCAAAGUCUCCGACAAUUGGAAUCAAGUCGGUACUUUUGGGGAGAUGAUGAUCCAGAUGUUACCGGAUGAUCUCGCCUUCACCGUCUUCGUCCCUUCAGAGACAGCUUUUCGGCGCGAUUUAAGAUUGACGGCGGAGAAGGGGAAUGAAACGUACGCAGUGGUCUCUCGUGUAUUGGGUUUCUCCGCGGUUCCUCGGACGAUUGAUUCGGAUAUGGUGGUGUCCGGACAGGAGCUGUCGUAUGAUUCCUUGUCUGGGUUUACGUUGUUCAUCUCGAAGGUUGCUAAGGGAGUGCUGGCGGUUAACAGGGUGAGAUCGGAGAAAGUUGAUAUCAGGAAAGGGAAGAUUGUUAUGCAUAUAAUGGAUGGAGUCAUUAUGGAUGCAGAGUUUGAACAGUCUGUUCAGCCUGAUUACAAUGGAGACGAGUGAGCCAAAGGGCCAUAAACAAGCAUAGUUGAA